GCAACCAAGUCACCAGAAAAAGUGGAAAUACGUUUGCACGUUUCAGUCUUGUCAGUUACAUCCCAACCUGACUGUUCCAAACUCAAUAGCUUUUUGUCAAACAUCAGCCAGUGGUCUAAGAUAAAUGGUCUCAUCACAAAUACUUCGAAAUGUCAGAAAGUCAACGUCACCUUCAGGUUCAUUAUCAGUCAGUUCAAAAAGAAAUCAUGUCAGCAGUGAAAGGACUUUUUUCGGUUGAAAUGCAUCGUAUAAAAACUGAUAUGAUUAAGCUACAUGAACAAGUGAUUAGUUUAAGAGAUCUUGCAAGAAAUCAUGAACGUACAAUUGCACAAAAGGAUCAACUGAUCAGUGAGUUAACUGAUGAAAUAAAAAGAAUGAAGCAUAAUAUGCAAGUUAGUUUAAAAGAACAAGAUGCUAAAAGAAAAGAAUUCUGUAUCCAACUUGCUGAUCGUUAUUAUAAACAGCGUAUUUUAAAACAAGCGAUUAUAGAAUGGAAACAAUACAUGGAAUGUACAUGGAAACAGAGGAAUUUUCGACGUUUAACUCUUGAAGCUCAAUCUGAAUGUAUUAAAAUAAAGAAGGAAUUCAAUGAAAAAAUUCUUCAGUUGGAGGCUGAAUUGAAAAUAAGUCAAGGUGAAUUAGACUCAGUGAAAGCUAAACAGGCCAGUGAACAAGCGGCAUUGAAAACCGCCUUAAUGCGUGGUGUUUGUGCAUUGAAUAUGGAGACUAUGGCUGUUUUCAAUGAAACACUGACUAAUUUAAACAAAGAAUAUGAAAAUAAAAAAUCAAUUUUCAAUGAACACGAUAUAAAAGAACAAAAUUCUACGCAAGAUCCUCUUCUAGCCUUAACUGAAAUGAAACAAAAGAAUUUCACUGGAAAUUAUCAAUUGGAUAAAUCAGAGAAUAUGAUUAACUUUAAUAUACAACAUACGAAUCAUCAUCAUCAACAGCAUCAUCGUAUUGUACAAUCAACUUAUCAAAGUAACAAUAGAUUGCCUGAUCAGAAUAAAUUGAAUGCUAUUGAAUCAUGGCCAAGAAAUACACUACACAGUUUUGAAUCUCCUUACUAUGUUGGCAGUCGAAAGGAUAAGUACACUAAACCAUUGAAUCAUUCAGCUGAAAUAUGUGAACGUUGGUUAGGCAAUCAAGAUGACUAUACUGACAGAAAAGAUCCACUCGAUUUAUCUGACUUACCAAAUUAUAAAAUGUCGAGUAAUUAUCUACAAAAUACUCAUGGUUUUUCAUAUCAAUUAGAUGAAAAAGUUUCCAGUUCAGAGUAUAGUGAAGCAGAACGAGAUGGACAGUCGGACUAUCAGCGACCAUCCAAUACCGAUCUACUGACAAACACUCCUUAUGAUUCAUGCUACAAAAGUGAUAUAAAUUCUUCACAUUAUAAACAUGAAAAAACUGAUCAUGGUUUGUUCGAUGUGAAAAAUCAGAUUUCAGUGGAAAGUGCUAAAAAGAUGUUAAGUUCACGGAAUUCAUCAAAUCGUGCUUAUUCUACAGAAAAACAGAAUAAAUCAUCUGCAUAUAACAUCAAAGCACAUACUGUACAACAUGGUAUACCAACAGGAACUUUACCAAAUGGAUCAACAAUUGCAGCUAAUAUCCUGGUUCAUCGACACCAACCAGUUAGUCAAGUAAUGACAAAAACUGCAGGAGUUAAUUUCUCACGAUGUCUACAUCCUUCUCCUCCCCAUCACCAUCAUCAGCAUUCAUCUGCACCACGGCUGUGUUCCGAUUCAUAUUCACAUAAACAUGUCUGA